AUGGAGGCCGAUUUACUGGCUCCUGGGCCUGAUGAGUCCGAUAUGGACUUGACAGAUCAUCAAAUUUCUGAGGCUCUGGAGGUCAUUAAUGAGGUAGAUUUUACUAAAAAUGCGUCGUACGCGACGAUAAUCUUGAAAAAAGCUUCUGAUGCCAAUAUUGGCAAAAUGGAAAAAGAAAUGCUUGAAAAAUUCGCAAACCAAGGGUUUGACGAGAAAAUGGAGGAGGACGUGAUUAUGGACGAUGAAAGCUAUAAUUGUAUCGUUUGUCAAACGUCUGAGCAAAAUGUAACCGUUACCCCAGUAGGAAAAGGACCGAAGGAUUGGCCAGAUUUUAUUUUGGUUGAUCAAGAAUGGGCAUCUAAAGAUGAGCGAUCGAGGCGCCCAUUACGGAUGGGAGACCUCGUAGAAGUUAUAUCUUGUACCCCUCUAGAGUUUCGCCUAAAUAAUCUAUCUGAGACCGAGAUGAUCGCUAAACGUCUCAAAGAAUCAGGGAGAUUUUUGUGCAUGGCUAAAGCUACCAGAGUAAAGUCCAUUUUUCAAUUGAGUAAAAGAGAGGUUCCAGGGAUAGCUUUAGACUUUCAAAUGUGUAAAAAGACUGGAAAACUCAGAUAUAUAAGCGUAAUAGGAGCUGGUGUAACUUGUUCUCAAAAAAUAUUUAAAUGGCAAAUGUCCGAUGAUCUAACCAUGAGAAUCAAAAAGGACCCGGUUACUCUUGAUAUGGUGGAGAUAACACGACCCUCAGACCUAAAAAUAGCCAAAGGAGGGGGAUACAUUUUACCGGCUAACUCAAUACAUGGAACCAUUGAAGAUAGGAAAGUCCAUCAGCCACAACUCAUUAUAAGUAUAAGUAAAUUAAAUACAAAAUUUACCUACCCAUUUAAUUCAAAAAUGUCGACUGAAGAAAUAAAGGUGAGCGAAAAGCUGUUAGGGGCUGCUGUAGCUGCGGUAAUUGAUAAAACUUUAACUGAUCUAGAGGAGGCUCAAGUAGAGGUAGUGCCUAUGAUAGAAGAGGUAAAAGGCAACAUAAUUAUUAUGAAUUUUGAGUACCUUAUUAAUACGAAAAACAGGCUUGUUAGGUUUGCGGAAGUGUGGCAAGAGGACUGCCCUAUAUCGGUCAAACUAAAUUACCCUGAGGCAAAACCCUGCGCCAGCGGGUAUGUUCUCGAAAAUGAACGGUCUGUAUACUAUGAAGGCUUUAUGUUUAAAGCCAAACUUCUGCUUGCAUUCCAGCCCGCGCGUAAAUACGAUGCCGAAUCUGAUUUUGAAAUGAUUAAAGAGGGCGCAGAAAUAAAAAUAAGUCCCACAGCCUCGAUAAAUGCUUUAGAAAUGCGUAUGGAGUCAUUCUCGUAUAACCUCUUGUCUGAAAUAGCCUCUAUGGACACGCCAAAAGGUAAAGUAACCAAAAUUCUUUUAGGACUUGCUGAGAAAAGUGAAUACCCUAAACUUAAUAUGAAGAAGUUAAGACAAUCCCAUCCGGUCCUAGCCCGCUUACAAACAAGUCAAGGUGACACUGCUAUGCUAAUGCUUGACGAACGGCCCCGGGGGGUGUUUCAACAAGCACCCCCCGGAACCGGCAAAACGUACACAGCGAUGUCAAUAGUAGCGGCAACGAUGAAAAUGUUUCCAGAAGCGCACAUAUUAUGUAUGGCUCCGUUGAACAUAGCUGUUGUAAAAAUGUGUCUAGAAUUAGAGGAAGCCAUGAAAAUUGAGGGAAUCCACGAGCCUGUAUUGGCUUUAUUUUCCGGUAACGGGAAAACUCGAUAUAAGGAACAAAUUGAGAGCAUUUCCACACACCUAUUGGCUCAUGCAGUAGAUUCUCCCGAAUUUACCAGCAAACUUGAGCUUACCGACUUGAAGAAAGUUGAUAGAUACAAAAAAGCUUGUAUAUCUCAUCCCAGACUUGCAUCCGAAGGGGCAAUCGCCCAAUUACUCCUUGAACAAGUAAAAAGGCGAGUGAUCUUUCUUACGUUGGGACUUACCGAACAGCUAUGCAAGCUUUUUCCCGAAACUGAAAUUUUGAUUUUGGAUGAAGCUGGACAAGCGCCCUUUUCACAAUUUUUGUCGGUAACGACAUUUUUCCCAAAAUUAAGAAAGGUCUUGGUCACGGGGGACAAGUUCCAACUAAAGGUACAUUUAAUAAGCUUGCCUGAAGCGGUUAGAGAAAAUUAUGGUUUGGACACGUGUAUUGAAAGUUUUGACUCGUCGGAAGGUAUUGACAAAACAACUCUCAUUGUAAAUUUCCGGUCCCAUCCCCAGAUUGUUAAGUGUGUAGAGGCGGGAGCUUACAUACCUGCGAAUCAAAUGCUAUUGCCUAGGGAAGGGGGAGACUUUUCUAUGCUCCUGAAUAUGAAAAACUUUUUCGUCCCGGUCGCUGGUUCACCGCUAAUACUUCUAAAUCAAACCUCCCCCAUGCUCGCCCAAGACACCAACUUCAGCUCCACUAAUUCAGGCCAGACUCGCACCACAAUCCAGAUUCUUGAGGCACUAAGUGCCAUCGGAUUUAAAGGCAGCAUCCGAGUAAUAUGCCUUUACGCUGCACAGGCAACUGAAAUUGGGCGUGAAGUUGCGGAUAGGGAACUCCCAGGUAUACAAACACUCUCGGCAGACGCCAUGCAGGGUCACGAGACUGAUCUUGCUAUAGUAGUCACAACAGCAACUCAAAGGGGAGAAAACACCACGGUAGAUAAUUCCAGAGAGUUUUGGGCUGACCCCGCACGGGUAAACGUUGCUUUGUCGCGUGGCAAACACGCAUUAAUCUUGAUUGGUGAUUUAAGGUAUUUAAUGAAACAGGAAGGGAUUUGGAGUCGUUUCCUUAGGAAGGCCUUGGAAUUUACCAUUGUCGCGGAUUCCACACAUUACUGCAGAGCAAUGAUUAACUCUGAAGCAGAAUAUGUCAAUGGACUCCUCCACUUAAAAGGAGCUUCGGUCCGGGAUGAAAGAUUCUAUACAGGUCAGACUAAUCAAAUAUCCCAACCUCAAACAGGCCCAACACGAUACACAGAAUGGCAAAGUAGCUCGCAGCGAGAAUGGAGGCCAAAAGAAUGCCAACGCUGCGGCCAAAGAGGACAUGUGGCCAGAGAAUGCCGAAAAUAA